AUGGAAGCAGUCAUCUUCCUGUCUUCGGUGACGUUCGUUAUUGCCGUGGGAGCUGCCAUCAUACAGGGACGAUACCGAGUCCACCUGCAUGUCACAUCAAAAGGCAAUACUCCCCCAGAAAGUCUGGACCUGGAGAGAUUCGAUCCUGAGGGAAGCACACCCCUUCAGCCGCCGCCGAAACUGCAUCGCCAUUCACGAUUGGGGAGUAGAAAUUCGAGGUGGCCAGGAUAUGCUGAGCAACGGAGUCAACCGUCGCGAACAAUGGUGGACUCCCAUUUUGCAUCAUAUCGCAUCCCCGAAGAAGCAGACACAGGGACCGUCCAUCAUUUCCCGCAUUCGCCCCCAAAUCUCCCAGCCACAUUUAUGACCCCACUUGCACGAGCCACAACGCCCCAACCAGCCACCGCGACUUCGCCGCCUGAGGCACCAACCCGACUGCAAAUUGUACAUGACUAA